AAUGACGUCGGCUGACCUUUGGCACAGAGUCUUCGCCGAACGCGUCAGUGCUGCAGUGCAUGAGGAUCGUCCUGACCCGACCGCAGUUCACGAUGAACAGAGUUUUUUGUAAAACGAACGUGACACGCUUGGCUGCCGUGCUGCAAAGGUUUCAGAGCACUUUGGUGGUUGCGGAACAUAACAAUGACAAGUUGACGCCGAUUACACUGAACGCUAUCAGUGCUGCGAGUAAACUUGGUGGAGAGGUGGCUUGUCUUGUGGCAGGAACAAACUGUGCAAAGGUUGUGGAGGAAAUCAGUAAAGUCCAAGGUGUGAAGAAAGUUUUGGUGGUUCAGAACGACUCUUGUAAAGGAGCUCUGCCAGAGGAGCUCACGCCACUCGUCUUGGCGACACAAAAGCAGUUCAACUUCACCCAUAUAUGUGCCGGUGCAUCUGCCUUUGGAAAGAACCUACUGCCAAGAGUGGCUGCAAAAUUGGAUGUGGCUCCAAUCUCCGAUAUUAUUGAGAUCAAGUCCCCGGAUACGUUUGUCAGAGCCAUCUAUGCUGGAAAUGCUCUUAGCACGGUAAAGUGUACCGAACCCGUGAAGGUGUUCACCGUAAGAGGGACGUCGUUUGAGGCGGCGCCCGCAGAGGGAGGAAGUGCUGCAACAGAAAAUGUGGCUGCCGCUUCCGCCGUGGGAAUUUCUGAGUGGCUGGAACAGAAUCUGACGAAGAGUGAUCGUCCUGAGUUGACCAGUGCAAAGGUGGUCGUGUCAGGAGGAAGAGGCUUGAAGAGUGGAGAAAACUUUAAACUGCUCUAUGACCUCGCGGACAAAAUGAACGCAGCAGUUGGUGCUUCUCGAGCUGCAGUGGAUGCUGGGUAUGUUCCGAAUGAUAUGCAAGUUGGACAAACAGGCAAGAUUGUAGCACCGGAGCUGUACAUUGCUGUGGGCAUCUCUGGAGCGAUUCAACACUUGGCUGGCAUGAAAGACAGCAAGACUAUUGUGGCCAUCAACAAGGAUCCAGAGGCUCCCAUUUUCCAGGUGUCAGACUACGGCCUGGUUGCCGAUCUCUUCAAGGCUGUUCCUGAGAUGACCGAAGCGUUGAGCAAGUGAGGAUGAAACGAGCGUCCGAAAACUAUCAUGUAGCAGCUGCCGUCUUGACCACCAAGAAAGAGUACAGGAUGCACCUCGGCCUGCUGGGAAUAUCUUUAGAUCAGUGACACCAUUUUUAUAUAUACGCACAUUUUAAAUGUCAACAAUUGAAACAGUACUUUGCAGAUUUUUUUUGUCCCUCCGAUAGCUGCAAUUCCACUGAAUGGGAAAGUGUCUGCUGUGUCUGGAAAGUAUUCCUGCUGAAGCUACAGGAGUUGUCAUUUUGGGAUGUAUUAAAGGUGACAAUUGACCACUCA